AUGCGGGGCGGCGGCGGCCCGGGGCAUGGUCCCCGCCGCGGGCACGCCAGCAUGGAGCAGCGAGUGGGGCCACCAGAGCCGAGACCUGCAGGACCCACCACACACCUGCAGGCCAAGGAGGGGAUGCUGUGGGGGCUCCUUGCCAUCUUCUCGCUGCUGGCCGGGCUGGCCGCGGGCACACUGCGAACCCCGCACUGCAACGAGACACUGGACACGGCCCCCACACCGCAGGGCAUGGCCACCGCCAGCCCGGCUGUGGAGGACGGCGCGGAGGUACCGCUCGCUGCUGCCUGGAGCCAGCUGUAUGGGGACAACGCGACAACAGGUGGCCCGGGAGCCACGGAGCUGGUGGAGGACCUGCUGCUGCGUGCUGAGCGCUCACCGCCGGGCGCUGGCAAAGCCAAGAAGGGGGCGCGGAAACUCUCGCGGGGGGCCCGCGGGCGCAACUGCCACAUCCGCAACCUGAUGGUGAAGGUGCGUGACCUGGGCCUGGGCUUCAACUCGGACGAGAUCGUGCUCUUCAAGUACUGCAGCGGGUCCUGCCACCGGGCGCGCAGCAACUACGACCUGACACUGAGCAGCCUGCUGCGGCAGCAGCUCAUCGCCCCGGGGCCCCAGGAGCGGGUCCUCAGCCACCCCUGCUGCCGGCCCACCCGCUACGAGGCCGUCUCCUUCAUGGACGUGCAGAACACGUGGCAGACAGUGGAGAAGCUCUCGGCGGCCGAGUGCAGCUGCAUCGGCUGA